AUGGGGGGCAAGCGGACAGAUCCCAGUUAUCCCAGUUCCGAUCCCACGCCGUCUGCAGCCUCGGGCCGAAGGAGGAAGCGGCUCCGGGUGGAGAGUAAAGUUGAGCACGCGGAGGAGGGCAUCGGGGGAGGGCGAGGCCGGGCGAGGCCGGGCGAGCCCGGGGGCCGCACGCACACCGCAGUCGCCUCGGCCGCCCGAGCGACGCGAGCCCAGAGCGGCCGGAGCCUCUCCCGUCGCGGCCGCUCGGAGCGGGCUGCUCGGACCGACGGCCGCGCGCGCCGCGGACUGCCCCGGGAGCCGUGUGCCGCCCCGGCAGCCGUGUGCCGUGGACGGUUGCGCGCAGACUCGCGGCUCGGGGAAGAGCGGGGUACCUGUGCCUGCCGCUUGAUCUGCCUCUCCCUGGUGCCCAGUCCUCUUGCUGCAAUGACUAGCCUGCUAACCACGCCUUCUCCAGGAGAAGAACUGGUGACCACCCCAAUUCUUCAGGCCACUGAAGCCCUGUCCCCAGAAGCCGAGGCCAGCACAGCACUCAUUGCAGUUGUUAUCACCGUGGUCUUCCUCACCCUGGUCUCAGUCGUGGUCUUGAUCUUCUUUUACCUGUACAAGGACAAAGGCAGCUACGUCACCUACGAACCUGCAGAAGGUGAGCCCAGCGCCAUCCUCCAAAUGGAAAGUGACUCGGCCAAGGGCAGGGACAAGGAGGAAUAUUUCAUCUAA